AUGUUCCAGAUCAGUCGCGAUAAUGACAUCGGAUUGGAUGCAGAAGUACUUGGUGUGGAGAUGAAUGGUAUUCAGAUAAUGGAUGCCGAUGUGGCGGAUUACUAUUACCGAAGGAAUCAUUCACCAGCCACCUAUCACGAAUGCAGUCAUGACAUCAUUACGGAUGAAUCUGAUGAACCGCACCUUUUGGCGGAUACGGAUCACCUGGUUGGGUAUGACGCCAACGGAGAGUAUAUCAGAAUCAGCAAGCAAGAUCUGAUAAGCACAUUGUCGUCAGCGGUGACGGCGCAAACCAUCGUCCAGCAGUUUUCGAGCAAUGGAAGCAGCUGGCAUAGCACUUACACUAAUGGUGACAGUUAUAUGAGGGUGAAGACAGGGGCUAACAGCUGGACUCCUUCCAUAAAGUUGACCGUUAGUGCCUACGAUAUUUGGUUGGAACAAGGCAGAAAUGGAUCUAAAGAGGACUUUCUUGAAUCUCUCAAGGGUGCUGCUGGUGAUGACGCGGACUUGUCUAAUGUUACCAUGCAAGACAUUAAAGGAUACAGUACCUUACUGCAGAAUGUAAACGCAUCCAUUGCCAAUGCAAAGAAAGACAUCAUUGCAGAGGUCGCUAAAUCAGCAACAGAAUCUGUGAUGAAUCAAUUCAAAGAGCAGCAGUUGUCGGACAUUCCGGAAAUCAAGAAUAUCACCGAACAAGACUAUAUCACUAUUGUGACGUCAGACGGAUUGAAAAAAGUGAGUCUCGGAAGUUUGGUUGACAAUGUGUCAGUAAAGACGGUAUCAACAUCAAACCUUGAAAAGGCAGUAAACAACCAACUUUCGAUGUUUACAUUAAGUGGGUUAAAGAAUGGAAGCAAUGUGAAUUACAGUACGAAAGAAGAGUAUGUCAAUGGUACAUCCAACGUAUAUUACAAUGGUCAAAGACUUGUACUCGGCACAGACUAUAGGGAGAAUGAUAGUCGUAGUAUCACAAUGCUUAUACAUGCCCCUGAGGCUGAUGACAGCAUUGUAUUCAUAGCUGUUAAGAAAUAG